AUGACGGGGAGAAACCACCAUGCUUCAGGACCGCCGGUAACAGGAUUUGAUAUGGGCGAUGAAAGGAAUGGGAUGCAGUAUGGGAACGCUGAUGUUGGAGCUGAGAAUGGAGUUGGUAGUACAGCAGGAUGGCAGGAGAACUCAUCAAACGACGAUAUGAGGAAAACACUAGGAACACGCGAUGGGAAACCUCGACGGAAAAACUACGACUACAAGAAACAGCACAUGUCGAAUAUGGAUAGAGUAAGGGAACCCUUCAUCAAUGCCAUGAAGUUCGUGCUGCGGAUGCAAGACUUGCCACCUUCGAAGGACGGCCGAAAGAUCCCCUUUACCGUCUACAAAAACCGAAAAUCCAACAAACUGACGGACGAGCGUCGCGGGAACAAACACUACAUCGACAAUACCAUCCGAUCGAGCCGAUAUUCCAUAUGGAGUUUCUUACCCAAACAGCUGAUAUACCAAUUCAGCAAACUCGCCAAUUUUUACUUUCUGAUAAUUGCUAUAUUACAAUUAAUUCCCUCGCUCAGUACAACUGGUCGAUUGACCACAAUCGUUCCAUUGUCGCUGUUCGUCGCAUUUUCUAUGGCAAAGGAAGGUUUCGAUGAUUUUCGCAGAUAUAGGCAGGAUAGAAAAGAGAACAGGCGAAAAGUAAAGGUUUUGUCAUUAUCAGGAUCCGGUCCUGAUGCCCGAGAAGAUUAUGAGGAAAUCGAGUGGGAGAAUGUGCGAGUUGGAGAUAUCGUCAAACUUGAAAGAGACGAUAUGGUUCCAGCUGAUAUUUUGCUCAUUCAUGCACAAUCAGAAACGGGAAUCGCCUAUGUGGAGACCGCAGCUUUGGAUGGUGAAACCAACCUCAAGGGCAAGCAAGCUCUGCCGAAUGUUACCGAUCACUUCUACGGACGAUUUGCGGAAGCGAAGGAUGAGCUAGCAACUGUUGAAGAUCCGAAUUCCGAUCUUUACAAUUUUGAAGGAAAGAUUCAGAUUGGAGGCGAGAUUAAACCUUUGACCAACUCUCAGAUUUUAUAUCGUGGGAGUGUUCUAAGAAAUACUCCAGGUGCGCUUGGUCUUGUCAUUUUCACUGGAGAAGAGACAAAGAUCCGUAUGAAUGCCAACAAGAGACCCCGUGCUAAAACGCCCACUCUUCAGACAUCCGUCAACUACAUCAUCGUGUUUAUUAUGUGCGUCGUCAUAUUCAUCUCUGGGAUCUCACUUCUCGGGUACAAAUUGUGGCAGCGAUCCACUGAGCGAAAUUCUUGGUACCUCGAAGGUUUGGCAGUCGGGACUUUCCCGAUCUUAGCCUCAUUUAUCAUCAUGUUCAAUACCCUGAUUCCACUAUCCCUAUAUGUCAGUUUGGAAAUCAUCAAAAUUGGGCAGCAUAUUCUCUUUCUCGACCGAGAUAUGUAUGAUGAAAAGAGCGAUACCCCCAUGGAGGCCCGUACUACGACUAUCAACGAAGAAUUGGGACAAAUUGGAUUCAUCUUUUCCGACAAAACUGGAACGCUUACCGAUAAUACUAUGAUAUUUCGCAAGAUGACAGUCGCUGGGUAUCCAUGGACUCACGUUACUAAGGCCGAGAAGGAGCAAGAGGCUCACGCCGGCGAACCCAAAACCACUGACAACGAGGACCAGGAAAAGGGAAAGAGCAAGGCGCCUCGUCCGAAAUCAUGGCUACCUGCCGAUUACGCAUCACUACGCUCGGUUGCUUCAGGCAUCAAGAACCACACUAUUGGAGAUGGACAAUGGCCACAUGCACGACCCUCGGAGCCAGGAAGAAGAGCUUCUAUGGUCCUUAGCGAGGGCGAAUUAUCGACAGAAGACCUACUGACCUAUAUCCAAAUGCAUCCUGAGACAGCAUACUCUCAAAGAGCGAAAAUGUUCCUCCUCUGUCUAGCUCUUUGCCAUACUUGUCUCCCAGAAACUGAUGAGAACGGGAAGAUUACUUAUCAGGCAUCAUCGCCUGAUGAAGUUGCUUUGGUCCAAGCUGCCCAGGAACUCGGAUACGUGAACGUCGACCGCCAGGUUGGGAGUGUUACGGUAAAUACGUACCCGAAUGGUUCGGGGACCCGCCCCGUGACCGAGAGGUACGAAAUCCUGGAGGUCCUCGAGUUCACCAGCAAGCGGAAACGUAUGUCUAUCAUCCUUAGAUGUCCCGAUGGUAGAAUAUGCCUAUUCUCGAAAGGCGCAGAUUCCACCAUGACCGAACUCCUCCGACUCAAGGAAAUGGCACUUCGAUCUUCAAAAGACGUCGAAAAGCGGAAUCGCGAACGAAAAAGCCAGGAAGUAUUUGAAUUUGUACGCAGAACUAGUAUGCCUCCUCAGAGCCCCACACACAAUCGAUUUAGCAUGAGUAGCCCCAGACACAGCUGGACGGCUCCCCGAAAAAGCUAUACUGGCCGGCGGAGCUUUGGAACCGAUACGCACUCACCGGCCGCGGAGAAGAACCCAGGCCACUCAUUCGAAUUACCACGUACUGAUACCCCAAGCCGGCCACGGAGGCUUGACACAUACAUCAACGAAAGCGCUGUCACUAAUGACGGCUUUGUAUUUGAUCAGUCUUACAGCCAGAUUCACGACUUUGCAGUUGAAGGAUUGCGAACUCUUAUUUACGGCUACCGAUUCCUUGAUGAACGGCAUUAUCGAGAGUGGGCUAGAACAUAUAACGAAGCCACAACUAGUCUUGUAGAUCGGCAGGCUAUGAUUGAUAAGGCAGCUGAUGAGAUCGAGCGGGACUUCGAAUUUGCCGGUGCAACUGCAAUUGAGGAUAAAUUGCAAGAUGGUGUCCCAGAUGCUAUUGAUAGGCUACGAAGGGCAGGUAUCAAGAUGUGGAUGCUUACUGGCGACAAGAAGGAAACAGCUAUCAAUAUUGGAUAUUCUUGUCGUCUCAUCACGGAUGUCUCUGAGGUUAUGAUUGUUGAUCAAGACGCCGGUGAUCUUGGAUCACAGAUUCGGGAUUACAUUGAUAUACUCAAGAAACAUAACCUGGCGCACUCAGUAGGUGUCGUUGAUGGGAGUACUCUAAGUGCAAUUGAGGAUGAUGAGACUCUUAGCAAUUUAUUCUUCGAGUUUACGAUCAUUGUCGACUCAGUCGUUUGCUGCAGAGCGAGCCCUAACCAGAAAGCCGGUCUUGUGCGAUCAAUUAGAAAAAGGGUUAAAAAGGCUGUUACCCUCGCUAUCGGUGAUGGUGCCAACGAUAUUGCCAUGAUUCAGGAGGCCCAGGUUGGUGUGGGUAUUACUGGCAAAGAGGGUUUGGCCGCCGCUAGAAGUUCCGAUUAUUCGAUUGCCCAGUUCAGGUUCUUGUUGAAGCUCUUGCUUUGCCAUGGAAGAUGGAAUUAUGUCCGGACUUGCAAAUAUAUCCUCGGAACCUUUUGGAAGGAAAUGAUGUUCUUUAUUAUCCAAGCCAUGUACCAACCAAAUAACGGCUUCAGCGGGACUUCUCUUUACGAAGAGUGGAGUUUGGCUCUGUACAACGUUUUCUUCACCUCACUCGCCAUCAUCUUCCUCGGUAUCAUGGAAAAGGACCUUGAGCAGGAGACCCUUCUUGCCGUCCCUGAGCUUUACGUCUACAACAAGCGAACCAUCUUCAACAUGUAUUCCUACCUCGCUUGGAUCGUCCUCGCUGUUGGAGAGGCUGCUAUGAUCUGGUAUACCGUAAACGCACUGUAUAACACUAUUACUAUAGUGCCAAACCAGGGACUCUACUCAAUUGGCGCCUUGGUUUACACUAUUGUUGUGAUAUUUGUCAAUACGAAACUUCAAUUUUUAGAACAGCACAACAAGACAAUAGUAGCACUCAUUGUAUUUGUUAUAUCCGUGGGUGGCUGGUUCCUUUGGAACGUUGUAAUUCUUGGGUUCGGGUUCCACACAUGGACGAUUUAUUUUCUUCCACGGGAAUUCGUGCUGCACAUUGGCCGAGAUUUAUUGUGGUGGACGGUGGUCCUUUUGGUUCUCGGGUGCUGUAUCGUCUUCGAGGUCUCCGUCAAAUCCAUCAAAACCAGUUUCUUCCCUAAUGAAGUGGAUCACUUCCAAGCUAUUCAGAAGGAUCCUAUAUUGAAGAAGAAACUGGAGUACGCAGCGUACACGCAAAACGUUAAUUUCUUUGAAGAACUAAAUUCUUCAGCUCUGGAGGGUAAUAAUAAUGGGGAGGUAUUGAAGGAGAUUAUCCAGAGAAGACGAGAGUCGAGGUUUGCGUACGUACGGCUGGGAAGCCGAAAGACCCGGAAGAUGGGAGAGACCAUAAGGGAAGAAAAUGAUAAUGGUAAUGAUAGUUAUGAGCUUGAGAAUAGGAGGGCGAGGGGGGACGAAGAAAACGGGUAUCCGGAACAAGAGGAACCGGAGGCAGUCUCAUACCCAGACCGGGAGUCAGGAAGGGCCGAACGCAAUUCAUGGUUUAGGCGGUCUUGA